CUUUUCGCGCAAGCAAAAUUAGAAAAAUAGAAAUUAGUAAUUAAAAAAUUAGAAAAAAGAAAACAAAUGCAGCGAUUGAAGAAACAUUAGAUGACCGCCGACUUAACUUGCACCGUCAACGCCACAUCUAUGUUUAUGACUCAUCUACGGCGUCGUAUCUCUCUAACUGUUCCUCUUCUAUCGACUUAGGGUUUGCUUUUUGUUUUUCUCUAUCUUUCUCCUUCUCUCUGUCGAAUAUCGAACCGCACCAGCUUAAUAUUUUUUUAUGUCUAUCUACAGGAGAAGAGCUACUCAAACGCUGUAGAAUAAAUAACAAAGUGGCUCUACUUCUGUGAACUGUGUGACGGUCAUAUAGAAGAGGAACAUGUACAGAAUAAUAACUAACUGCAGUUCUAGGGUUUGUCGAUCAUCUACAAUGGCAUUUUAUCUUUAAAACUGGUGGGAGGCUAGAGUUGAUAGUUUUUCUCUGUAUUCGAGCCUUUGGAUUUGAAUUCUUGAUAGGGAUUGAUUUAUUAGGUAAAAAUGGAAGCCAAGAUCGCAAAGGUGUUGGAUAGUAGUCACAGAGUUAUGCUCGGUCCAAAGAGAAAACGAGCAUCCCGUUAUGCGGCAUACUUUACUGGAACUUCCCGCAUUAUGUCAUCUGAGUGGCCCACUGUGAAUUUUUUAACCCAUAGGCAUGGGAAACGGCGGAGACUAGCUGGAAGCCAAAGCAAACUUGUGAGCUGUAGGUAUCGUUCUAGAAGAUCUUUGCUCCGGUGUUAUUCAAAUUUUAUGAAGACUGGGGUACCACAGCGUCUUAUGUUUUAUAGAAAUGGUGAAUGGAGUGACUUCUCCCAAGAUCUUGUUGCUUUAAUUAGAAAGGAUCUUCAAGAGAAGAAAGCAGUUAUUGAGAUUGAGUUAAAGAGCCAUCGUUAUGUGGUGGAUUUCUUGCAUAUGUUUCGAAUGGACAAAAAGACAGGUUUACAGGAACCAAUCGCUUGGAUUGAUGAAGCAGGUGGCUGCUUUUUUCCAGAAGUUUAUAUUGAUGAUGAGGAUUUAGAUGAGUGCUGUCAGCACAAUUAUGCAAAUGAUCAAGGUCCUAUGUUUAGGGAGUCUUAUGGGCCCCAUGAGAUUAAGCUGCAGCUUGAAAUUGACAUAAACGGUGUGGAUCAGUCAAAGUUAAAAGAGUGUAGUGGAGAGUCAAAUGCAUUCGUCAAGCAUAUUCAUAUUGCUCAGCAACCUACUAGUGGCCACUAUGUCGUAGAAGUUGAGGACAGUAGCAACAGGAUGCCUGAUGAAAAAUUUGAUGAAGCUGUUGAAGAAAAUCAACAUAAUAAAGCAGAUAUCACUGGAAUUGAAUCUUUUAAUGAAAUAAUGGAUUUCGAUACUGUAAGGAAGAUGUUUCUUGCUGGCAUGAACUCCUUUGGUGGUGCUGACAUACUUGAUAUUCACCGCUGGUCUAGUGCUUCAAUGGUAACUCGGUUGGAACUUUUCCAAAAACAGAUUGAAUUAACAAAGCAGUGCCGUGGUGAUGCAAAUGUUAGAUAUGCUUGGCUUGCUUCUUCCAAAAAACUAAUAUCUACUAUCAUGUUGUAUGGGCUUGGGCAUUGUGGACCUUCUGCAACUAAGUCCAAAUAUGGCAUUGGCGUUCAUCUCUCUGCAGCAAACUGCUGUAAUACUAGUGUAAAAUUUUGUGAUGUUGACGAAAAUGGAGUGCGACACAUAGUAUUUUGUCGCGUAAUAAUGGGAAAAAUGGAGCUUGUUCAGCCUGGGAGUACACAGUCUCAUCCCAGUAGUGAGAACUUUGAUAGUGGCGUGGAUGAUCUUCAAAAUCCAGGACAAUAUGUAGUAUGGAAUAUGAAUAUGAAUACCCACAUAUAUCCAGAAUUCAUUGUUAGUUUCAAGGUGUCUUUAAAUGCUGAAGGGCUUUUCGUUGGCAGGGACAUGAAACAUGCUAUUUCUGGCAUAACCGCAUCAUCACAAGGGGGUCAUCGAAAUUGGGCAAUGGAGUCCUCGACUGUGGAUCUGAAUCUGCCGAUAGAAACCCCUGCAGUUGAUUUACCAACCGAACUUCGUCCUACUGGUCCUGGAAGUAAUAGCCAAACGCGCUUAGAGUCUGGGGGAUCUCUAGGUAAAGCUUCAAGUCAAGGUUCAAGCAAUACAAGGACUCCUAAAUCUCCUUUUAUGCCUUUCCCUGUGUUGUUUGCUGCAAUAAGAAAUAAAGUUCCUAGUGAACAAAUGAAACUUGUGCUUACUGAUUAUAAACAGUUCCAGGCCAACAAGAUGAGCAGGGGAGAUUUUAUUAAAAGCUUGAGAUUGAUAGUUGGAGAUGCUUUACUGAAGUCAACAAUAACAAGUCUUCAAAGCCUGGCUCUUUCCCUCUGCUAUAUUUUAAAUGUGAUGUUAGUCUUGCAAUCUCACCUUUUUGGGUCCGUGUUAAGGACAUUCCUCUAAACCAUAUUAACAAGCAAUGUGGUCAACAAAUUGGAUAUGGGAAGAUAACUUCUUCGUAUUGGUCAUUUGGUUGUCUUCAAUCUGUUAGAUAUGUUACAUAAAUGCGUGGGUAUACGAGAGCCUUAGAAAAGCAAGUGAGGAUAAAAAUCUUGAUCAUGUCUUGUAUUGAUCUAAUUCAGGUUAUAUCUGUUAGGGUUCUUGCUUCUUGCACUCGUCCUAUUCAUAAUCAUGAAUUUUAUAGUUCUUGUCCACUUCAUGUGCCUACUAUAUGUUCAAUUCUAAGGAAUUUAGAUAGCAAAAAGGUAUUUCAAUAUAUGAUAUAUCCAACUUUCUUGGCUGUAUGCGCCUCAUGUAAGGGCAUGAUUAUUUUUUGUUAAAAAAUAUCAGGGAAGAAUUGUAAUUCUGAUAUUUUCCCCUGUUAUUAAGAUGCAUAUUUAGUGGUAUCUUUCUCUGAAGGAAUUGAAUGAGGACUGAAACAAAGAAGAAGAUAUAGAGUUAGUAAUUGCUGAUAUUUUGAUCUCUCGACUUUACAUAUGGCUGUGAAACAUGAGAGAAUAUCUCCAGUUAUUUUGGGCCAUUGGUAUUUGAUCGGGCAUCUGGGCACACUGGCAAUUGGCAUCGUAUGGGCAUUACACAGCCCAGUGGGAAAUGGUGUUUGGUUUAUCAAUGGAUUGGAUUGCAAUUGUGCUAUUAGCAUGAAUAUUGCCGUCCAAGUAUCCAAUCUUGGUCUAGUAUCCUGCAAAUUGUAUUCAUAUAGAUUUAUGUUCAAGGCUUACAUCUGCUGAAGGUUUCAAAAUAUCAGUAGAAGGGAAAAAAGAGAAGAAAAAAAAAACAAGGAAAACAAAGCAAAAGCUCACCUGCCCCCUCAAAAACAAAGAAAGAGAUGAUAAGCAUUAUGUGGAUCGACUCCUUCAGUCAUCAUUCUUCUAGAAUAUGAAAUAUUGGCAGACGUCAUAUCAUUCAUUGCAUGGUCAGUAGCAGUUUGUAUCCUGGUUAUGACACAAGCAGGGUACUCGUCGUUAUCAUAUGUCAGUCUCUCCCCUUGAUGCAGCCAUUAGGAAAGGAAAUUUUUUUUGCAUUAUUUUGACUUGAUUUCUUAUGAUGGAAAUUUAACGUACCAGUGCUAUUUAGGAUUUCUAGUUUGAGAAUUGUUUACUUCCUAUUUGGUGAUCAUCUCAAAUAAUCUUCCAACAAGGCCUUGAUGGACAACUACAAGUAGUCCCAUAAAUUCUUUUGGGAAGUGAAGUCAUGUACCUGCUUUGGUUCUCUCUCUCUCUUUUUAAAAUUUAAUUUAAUUUUCACAUCUCUUAUCAUUCUUUGUAAGGCUGCAUAUAGUAAUGACUGCAGCAGCACUCAAAGCAGCCACUGAUUUAUCUCUCUGCAGCCUCCUCACUCUUCAACAUAAUUCUCAAGUAACUGAUCAGACGUGUCCUACAUAAUUCUUUCCCCCUCUCUGUCCUCUCUCUCUUUUUUCUCUGGAUGACUGGGUUCAGAGGUCGUCUUGAUUGAUUUUGAGAUAAGAGUUAUGUUUUCGAAAUUGAACAUUAUUAAUUGAAUGUAAAAUCAUGUAAUGGUUCAUACACUUGGUAGAAUGUAAAAGCAACUUGAACAGAAAUAUUCAGUUCUGAGCCUUUAUGCC